GCCUGGCGACGGCGACGUGGACGAGUUCGAGGCGCAGCUGAAGGCUGACGACGUGCCCCGGCUAGGCACCGCCGGCGCGCUCAGCCGCCAGCUGCGGCUGCUACGCCAGCUGCCUGAGGCGGACGUGGUGCCCACCGGCGGAAGGCUGGCCGUCACUGCCGCCGGCCUCUCGGCGGACGCCUGGCAUCCUGGCUGCUUUACGUGCGGCAGCUGCAGGGAGCCGCUGGCGGACCUAAUCUUCUGCCGGUAUCGAGGGCAGCCGCUAUGCGUGCGCCACUUCGGCGAGAAGCUCAAGGAUCGUUGCGUCGGCUGCGACGCCCUCAUCUUCAGCGGUGAGCACGUGCGCGCGAGAGGGCCUCGCCUGGCACGCUGCUGCCUGCCGCUGGAGGGUCGGCCGUUCGCGCUGCGUGAGGAGCGCGCGCUCUGCGGCCCGUGCAGCAGCGGCGCGCCGCCGGCAUCGGAGCAGCCGCGCUGCGAUGGCUGCGGCCUCCAGAUCGACCCCGACAGCGUGCGCAUGAGUCCAAAUCAGGCCUCUGGCACGAGGCCUGCUUUGUAUGCUGCAAGUGCCACGUGCCGCUGGUGCGAGGCGGGCCUGGCCGGCCAGAAGUUCCGUAGCCACGAGCAGCAGCCAUACUGCUCCGACUGUUAUCGCGAGGCGUUCGCGAAACGCUGCGCCCGCUGCCACCGCCUCAUCCCCAUGGCUAAGGGCGUGCGCUACAUCGUCUUCGAGAAGCGCUGCUGGCACAACGAGUGUUUCAGCUGCCGCCGGCUGCGCCGUCUCGCUGGUCGGCAGCGGUUUCGUCGACAUGGACGGCGAGGUCCUGUGCACCGGCUGUGCCACCCGGCCGGCCGUGUGCCCGAGGCGGACGGUUUUUUUGUUUUGUAA